AUGGCACGCCACCUCGCCGAUGGCAAAGACAAUGGCGGAUAUUACCAUGUGGACAAAAACUAUAUGGAUAUCGAUGAAGCCAAAUCGCAGGAUAUUCUUCCGUCGAAGUUGAAUGGUCGAACCCCACGAAAUGUUGCUGAUAAUGUCGUCGGCGGUGAUAAAUAUCUCAGGAUGCGGGAUACCAUGCCCGUAUGCAAAAAGAGUUUGACAUUCGUGAUGCAGACUGAAGACGCCGGUUUGGGUACUACCUUGAUGGGUCUAUGGAUGAGUUAUGGCCUUGCGAAGAAGGAAGGGAGAUCAUUCUUUAUUGACGACAAGAAUUGGUCUUAUGGUCGAUAUACCAGAUAUUUCAAAACCCCUACAUUGCCCGACUGCCAACCUCCUCCUGUUUCGCAUAGGACUCCCUUCCCUCAUCACGCACGCCAUCUCCUCGUUUCAUCCGCCACGAUCCCAUGGACGUUUGGGCACAAGUUUAACGAACAGUUCGAAAGAACACGGAAAGCAGGUGCCGAACGUCAAAAGGAAAUGUUCAAGUUUCUCCGCGCAGGGUACGAGGCGCUAUUUCAUAUCGAUAGCGAUGAUGCAAAAUACCUUGAACACCGAAUGACGGAAAUUCGAAGCUCAAUUCCAAAGAGCGGCGGGCCACUGAUUAGCAUCCACGUCCGUCGCGGUGACUGUCAUCCGCUUGAAUUCCAAUAUGAGAAAUCGUAUAUACCACUUGAUGUAUAUGUUGACGCGGCAAAUGAACUCGUCACCUCAUUCUUCGACAAGAAACUCAGCACUACCUACAGCAUCAACAGCAGUAGUAGCAAAAAGGCCUCCAAGGCCCAGUACAUAGCUACAUCGAGCAUGAUUCUCGCCUCCGAUGACCCGGAGACAUAUUCCUCCCCUGAGAUGAGAGGGAUCAUCAAAGCCCAGUCUUAUCUCUCCUUAACCAGCAAAAACAUCCUGGACGCCGAACCCCCAAUCGACGACGAUACACCAUCAGGAAAGUCUGCGAAAAUUGUCGCCAAGAAGACACCAAAGGACGCAAACAUUGGCUGGGAAGGCGGAUUUUUCAGCAGCAUUUUCUGGUCACUUGGAGAUACAUCGCUCAUCCCCUCUGCGGAAGGCAGCCCUUCUGCAUCCGGGGGCAAGUCAUCCGUAUUCCCACCACAUCGCGUCGUCCGCGAAUCGGAAUACAAUCGACUUCGCUUCGAUCCCUCUCCACAGGCACUGCAGCUGCGCGAGCUAGUUGCUAAAGCAUAUCUUGUGGAUAUAUCGCUUCUAGCAGAAGGUGAUGGGGUUGUUUGUGGUGUGAGCAGUACCACAUGUCGCCUAUUGGCCGUUAUGCUCGGAUGGGACAAGGCCAUUUCCCAUGGAGGCUGGAAGAACGUUGAUGGAAACCUGGACUGGACAGGAAUCUUUUUAUGA